AUGAUAUCUAAUGAUUUAAACUAUGACCCUUUCGAAGAUUUAGCAACCAUCCUAUCAGCUAGAGAAUCCCUUGAUGAGAUCGAUCGUUUGAUUCACGCUACAAGAAAGUAUAAAACGGAUUUAGAGACAGAAAUUCUGAAGGAUAGGGAGGAUGAAAGUUCGUCCGAACAGAUCACUAACGUUGAAUUCGAUUUCGAGAAGAUCUUUCGGGAGAUUGAGGAGACUAGAUCGUUUGCGUCCUCCACUCAAUCGACGAUCUCAGGGCUCACAGAAGGAAUCUCUCAUUUGGACAAUGCUAAAAGGAACUUGAUCCAAUGUAUGACGCUUUUUCAGAAUUUGAAGAUACUGACAGACUCUUAUGUUCAGUGCAAAAGCCUACUCGAGGGCGACAAUUAUAAGGAGGCGGCGUCUUCUUUCAAAAUCAUGAGUUCUUUGGCAGAAACAACUUUUAGGCCUUACAAAUCUGUGGAUGAAAUAAACAAGUUGCUAAACUCCAUUUCAAGGCUGCGAAUGGACACUUAUGAGAGUAUAAAACGAAGCUACGGUAAAGCGCUAGGUGGUAAAGUGCCCGAGGGGCACAGUCUAGAGCGGGAACUUCGAGAAGGCGCCUGUGAUCUGCUCGAGUCUGGGACCAGCGGCAAAACCCAGAUUAUCGAUUGGUGUGUUAGUAAACUGCUCUAUGAAAUGCGGGAGAUUUUCCAAGUUGACGACGAAGCUGGAUCUUUGGAAAACAUAUCACGAAGGUUCAUCUAUUACAAGAAGGUCCUGAACAACUACAACACAUCUUUUGCCAGGUUCUUUCCCCAGGAAUGGGAAAUCCCUUUGAGGAUGACGCGCUCAUUUUAUGAGUCGACGAGAAAGGACUUGCAAAUUUUACUCAAGAAUCAGCUUCUUCACGAUAAGAAUUCAUCAAUUGAUCUUUUCAUGCGUGCAUUGCAGGACACCUUGGAUUUCGAGAAGUAUAUAGACGUGAGAUUCUCCAGAAAGCUUCGAGAAACCAGCCUUUCGGCUUGUUUUGAGCCGUACAUAUCUCUGUGGAUUUCUCACCAGGACAAGCUGAUGGAGGAGAAAAUGUUAUCUUAUAUGUCUGCUGGUACCGUGGAUUUUUCAAACAACUCAUUGGUUAUUCCCUCGAGCGCUGAUUUGUUUAGGACUUACCGGUCUGUUCUCAGUCAGACUUUUGAACUAAUCGAAAACAAGACGGAUGAAAAGAUUCUGCUAGCACUGGCCACGUUCUUCACCAAAUGGCUAGUCACGUAUUCAAACAAGAUCCUAAAGCCUUUGCUCUUGCCAGAUAAUGUCGAUAUCCAUAACAAAGAGGAAACGAUCAAAUAUACGGUCGCUUUGAUAAACACAGCAGAUUAUUGUUCAACUACCAUCGACCAGUUGGAGGAGAAGCUGACUGCGGUUAACCAAAAUUCAAGUAGAAUCUCCGACGCAUUUAUCAGCGUCAAAAACCUUUACGGAGAAUUAUUAACAAGCGGUACAAAUUUACUACUAAAUCGCAUUCUCAAGCUGGACCUGGAUUUCGCCUGGAAGGAAUUCUACAACACGGAUUGGGCACAUGUGCUUGUGGAAGAUUACAGUCGCUAUGCGGUAACCUUGAGGAAUGUGCUCUCCUUUUCAUCAUCUGAUGCCAGCUUGAGCACAAAGCCUGCUCUAGAAAUGAUCUUGACUCAGUUUAAUAGAGACGUGUAUUGCUGGAACUUUUUGGACAAAGUUAUUGAACUCAUUGCGCAUGAAUUUACAGGACAUAUAAUACGCUUGCUGCAGCGUACUCCACCGCUCUGUAACUUAGGCUCGCCUCGAAAAUUCGAUCCUCAGAGAGUCAUCAACAUCGGAGAGCAACUAUUACUGGAUCUUGAACUGCUGAAGCACACCCUCUUGACUCUUCCCGAUUCAGUGGCUAGCGUGACUAACAGCUCCCAAUCUGCAUCAUUCAAGAGGGUACGAAAACAUAUGGACGUCGACUUGGAUCGCAUUUUGCAAUUUAUCAAAUUGUUGGUUAUCCCCGUCGAUUCUGCAGACGAUUAUUCUGAGACAUACAAACAACUAACAAAUGGCAACUACAACUCUUCGGUUUGGGCCUUUGUCUUAAGUCUGAAGGGUGUCCCAUGGGAUUUGGCAUUGUGGAAACAGCACUGGAGUGCGUUUGAUCUGGAUAGUGACGAACAGACUGGUAAUGACGAGGGAAAAGAUAUUUUAAUUUUCCAGUGGAAUGUGCAGUUAAUUCGCCAAUUCGAAUUCAACAUGGGACGUGUGCAAGAUCCCGCCUGGAGCAAAUUCAUCAAGAAUGAUCUCAAAAUUUCUACACCAUCAAGAACUCCCUCUAGGACGCAGUUCAGGAACCCCGUUAUUCAGACUGAUCUACGGCAACAGCAGCCGCAGUCUCAACCAAAAUCGCCUGUCGCAAACGUGAAGAACCUAGUAUCAAACUCGAGAUUUUUCAAUAGAGGAUUUUGA